AUGUCUGAGGAGCUGGUUGGUCUGCUCGGCGAACCUCCGAAGCUUGGCAAGUCAUUGAGCCAAGUCAUCGGUCUGAUUGGCGCCGUCGGAUUCGUAUUACAGGGUUACGACCAGGCCGUUUCCAAUGGACUGUUGACGCUGGGUUCUUUCAUCGCCGUCUUUCCUCAAAUCGAUACCGUGAAUACCAGCGGUGGUGAGAAAUCUCAUAAUUCGACAAUCCAAGGUCUUGGUGUCGGUGGCUUCACCGCUACAAUCCCCAUGUACGUCUCCGAGUCAUCCGGAGCAGAGGCCCGAGGCCGAAUGGUGCUACUGGAGGGAUGGUUUGCAAUCGGCGGUAUUGUUCUCGCAACAUGGUUAGAAUUCGGACUCUACUACGUCAGCGACAACUCUGUGAGCUGGCGGUUCCCCAUUGCAUUCCAGGGCAUCUUUGCCAUCACUGUGGUGGGAUGUAUCAUGCUCCUACCCGAGUCUCCCCGCUGGCUCGCACGCGUUGGCCGUCUCGAGGAGGCAGCUGAGGUGCUGGCCCGCAUGGAAGAUGUGUCUGUCGACUCUGAGCAUGUCCUACAGGAGCUGGAAAUUAUGCGACAGUCACUUAUAAUUGACGACAGCAUCGAGUCGGCAGGUUCCUCUUCGCCAUUAGCUCUGACGAAGAACCGCCACCUGCACCGUACCGUUAUUGCGGUUGGGGUAAACAUUCUGGCGCAGAUGACCGGGGUCAACAUCAUCACGUUCUAUUCUGAUACUAUCUUCGAGUCCGACCUGGGCUACUCGGGCACAAUCUCACGAAUCAUCACCGGCUGUCUGCAGAUCUGGCAAUUUUUAGCUGCCGGCGUGGCCGUUUUGCUCAUUGAUCGUGUCGGACGUCGUCCAUUGCUCAUUACUGCCGCUGUCGGUAUGACCAUUGCCCAGGCCUGUCUGGCGGGGCUGUCCAGCGACCUUGGAAAUAAAUCCGCAGCUGGCGCAUCCCUCUUGUUCUACUUCGUAGCGCUCUUCUGCUUCCCCAUUGGACUUUUCCUCGUCCCAUUCAUGUACGCCGCAGAGAUCGCCCCGCUACGCACUCGUGCAAAGGUUACUGCGAUGUCCGCUGCGGCAAACUGGCUCUUCAACUUCGUGUUGGCAGAGGUGAGCCCGGUCGGUUUCGCUACUAUCAAAUGGCGGUAUUAUAUUGUUUACGCAUGCAUCAGCGCCUUCGCUGGUAUAUUUUUCUACUUGUUCUGCCCUGAGACUCGGGGCCGAACAUUGGAGGAGAUCGAUGAUAUUUUCGUUCAAUCCAAGUCUGUCUUUGAUACUGUUCGUGUCGCACAGGAGAUGCCAUACCAGACGGAGAUCUUGGCGCAUGUCAGUGACACCGAGAAGGGUGGCCUGGAGGACAUGCAAGUGGAGAAUGCUUAA